UAUUAAUAAAAAUAAUCUUACCUCCCACAGCCAUUACAAAAUCAUAAUAGGUUGAUAGACGUUGACUUGAGGCCAUGAUCAACAGACUGAGGUUUGUGAAAUAGAAAAGUUGAUCGAUUACGCAAGAUCAAGAUUCAUGGCAGCUCCAACCUGAUCGACCUGAUCAUGGCUCACAAAAUAUCGCACAAAAUAUACAGUUUCUAGUGCAAAGCUUAAUCAAUUGAGCUUAAAGAGCUGCAUUAAACCUGAGUGUUUAGCAUUAAAACAGAGAUAUAUCUGUCAACCCUAGCUGUAACCAAGAUGCUCUUUCGAUAUCCGCCUUCACUUGCAGUUUCUUAGAUAUAAGAUACAGUCUGUAUCGCAAGAGGCCGGAGUACGCUAGCCAUCAUGUUUACCUCAUGGAUAGAAGACUUCCACCAGUUUUAUCGUUUUGCAGAUGCAAACAGUGAUCCAAGGACAUCAGAAUGGCCAUUAGUCAAACACUUUCAAGGGCCUGUUGUCUUGAUUCUUGUAUACCUUACGAUAGUGUUAGUUGGGCCAAAACUAAUGGGAAAUAGAAAACCUUUCCAACUAAAGUGGCCCAUGGCAAUUUACAAUGCAGCUAUGACCAUACUCAAUUUGUACAUAUUCAUUGAGGUUUUCCUGUCAACAAUGGAUGCAGGCUACAGUUACUCAUGUCAGGAAGUCAAGUAUACAGAUGACUCUAAGGAGUUGAGGAUUGCAGCAGUACUGUGGUGGUUUUAUUUAUCUAAGAUUCUAGAGUUUCUUGAUACUAUUUUUUUCAUAUUGAGAAAGAAGAACAACCAGAUCAGUUUUCUUCAUGUAUAUCAUCAUUCAUCUAUGGUAAUGUUGUGGUGGAUUGGCAUUAAAUGGGUUGCUGGUGGACAGUCAUUCUUCAGUGCAAUGAUAAACUCCUUCAUCCAUGUCAUCAUGUAUACCUAUUAUGGACUAUCAGUGUUUCCAGCACUUCGUGACUACUUGUGGUGGAAAAAGUUUCUCACCCAAUUUCAACUGCUUCAGUUCUGCACAGUCUUCUGUCAUGGUAUUGUAAGUCUUAAACGCAAGUGUAAGUUCCCCUUAUGGAUGCAGUACGCACUUCUUGCUUACAUGGUUUCCUUUCUUGUUCUAUUUUCUAAUUUCUACUUGCAUUCUUAUAUCGUGAAAAACCAGCAUUCUAAAAAAUCCUCAUCCCAAUGCAAACAAGCCAAAACUACUAAAGGAAAGAAGGAAAAUUAGCUUAUGUCUACGCUAGAAACCCCAUUUAUAUAUAGCAAAUGGGCAACUCACUAUCAUAAUGGAAAAAAAGCAUCUUAGAUGUACAUGUAGUCAUACUAGAAGGGUUUGACUUGCUAACCAGGACUCAAGACAUUGAUUCUGCUUCAAACAUUUCUGUUCAAUUUCAUUAUUUCCUCGCUUCAUUAGCUCUCAUUCCAAAACCUGUACAAAUCAUUUGUUGUGAGCUCUCGAUUUUCUGUAGUUGCUUCAAAAAACAAUUCAAAAUUGUUUUUGCAAUGACGCCAAGAUAACUUCAUUUGACCUGACUGUUUAAGUGUGAGGGCACUAUGAUAUCAAGGGUUAUAUUUGAGUGUGAGGGCACUAUGAUAUCAAGGGUUAUUUGAGUGUGAGGGCACUAUGAUAUCAAGGGUUAUUUGAGUAUGAGGGCACUAUGAUAUCAAGGGUUAUUUGAGUGUGAGGGCACUAUGAUAUCAAGGGUUAUUUGAGUAUGAGGGCACUAUGAUAUCAAGGGCUAUUUGAGUGUGAGGGCACUAUGAUAUCAAGGGUUAUUUGAGUGUGAGGGCACUAUGAUAUCAAACAUUGUGUACGAUAGUUACAUGCCCAACAGAUAACAUUAGUUGUCUAUAAAUACAUAAAGUAUUAUGUUUAUUGUACACACUAGUAACGAUCUCUCUCAAUGCAUAUCUCCAUACAGGGGCGUAUCCAGGGGGUCACAGGGUGCCCGUGACCCCCCCUUUCAAAGCCAAAAAAAUCUAACCGGCCGUUGAUGCAGUGUGUAUAGAUAUGUUUAGACUUGACUUAAGCAGUUAAGAAAAUCAGUUCUCUCGCUUCUCGGAGCCGUCUUUUCGUUUCGUUUCAAAUAAAAAUUGUUUGAAAUCCAAAUUAUUCAUUGGGCUUCCUGAUCAAAACGUUCCAUAUAUGGACAUGACCAAAAGCCAAAAGCCCGCGAAACCUCACUUUAACUUUUUCUUGAUAGGUGUUGGUGAUUAAUUAACGUAUCUUUUAUUGUUUCGUCCUACAGAACGCUUUUUGUUUCAAUUAUAGCCGCGUACGUUGUUCUGUUCCCCUCUAUCGACCAUGUUCCUUUUUCGUCAAAACAAUAGAUUGCUAUGACGUCAUAUUGACGUCAUAUGACGUCAUAGUGACAAUUUGGUAUGUAAGGAUCCCCCCCUCCCCCCAAUUGCAAAUUCUGGAUACGCCCCUGCCAUAGAUAUGUUGGUGUUUAUAAAUUUGAACUUUAUUAUCAUUACUGUUAUCAAAAAUACGUACUGGUUAUUUACACUAAUUUAUAAAACAUGCAAUCACUUUGCUUAUUUUUUUCUUGUUUUGGCACAGCUUUUAAAAGCUUAUUAUGUUCCCUAUCAUAUACUAUUACAUGCAUGGAUGCUUUGCCUACCACCGUCUACCUUUACUAUCACUGAGUACACAUGUUGAUGUACUCUGUGCAGCUAACACUAUCAUAGACUAUGAAAAUGUCUAUACAGCGCUUCCUGAUCACACGCGCGAAAUUGUACAAGAGCUGUAGUAUCGUGAAAACCUCUUAAUGAUUGACGUCCACCAAAACUUCUCCUUUGUCGCAAAGGCAAAUCGUACAAUUUCGCGCGUGCGAUUGGGAAAAUGAGUUUCUGCCAAUCAUCUUACAAGCCAGGCUGUUCAAACCUGUUCUAUUGAAGCAAAUCUGAUGACAUUAGGCUUGAAGUGAGAGGUGGUCAGUAUGAAUUGGACAUAAGCAAAAAACACCGAAACUAAAGACGAUAAUGAAAUAAACCAAUUAAACAUAAA